CCAAUGGCGCGCCAGGGGGCGUGUCCGGCCUUCCAGAGAGUUCGGAGCAGGGUGGAAGGAGAUCGAGCAGCUGCGGCGAAUCCCCGACCGAAAAGAUGGUGAAAGAAACCGGGUACUACGACCUGCUGGGCGUGCGACCCGGCGCCACCUUGGAGGAGAUCAAGCGAGCCUACCGGCGCCUGGCACUGCGCUACCACCCGGACAAGAACCCCAGUGAGGGCGAGCGGUUCAAGCAGAUCUCGCAGGCCUAUGAGGUGCUGUCGGACACCCAGAAGCGCGCGCUGUACGACCGGGGCGGAGAGCGCGCCAUGAAGGAAGGGGGCGCGGGCAGCCGCGGGGGGUUCGCGUCCCCCAUGGACAUCUUUGACCUGUUCUUCGGAGGCGGCGUGCGGAUGCGUGGCUGGGCUGACAGGCGAGGGAAGACUGUGGUGCAUCAGCUUUCGGUGUCACUAGAGGACCUGUACAGCGGCACCACCCGGAAGCUCUCCCUUCAGAAGAAUGUCAUCUGCAGGAAGUGUGGUGGUUGCGGGGUGCGAGAGGGCGCCCAGCGGAGGUGCCCCAAGUGCCACGGGUCUGGCAUGGAGAUGCGCAUCCACCAGUUGGGGCCUGGCAUGAUCCAGCAGAUUCAGACCAUGUGCUCGCAGUGCCAGGGCCAGGGUGAGUGGAUCCGGCCCCGUGACUGCUGCCCGGCUUGCAAUGGCCGCAAGGUGGUGCGUGAGAAGAAGAUCCUCAGCGUCCACCUGGACAAAGGCAUGAAGGAUGGGCAGAAGAUCACGUUCCAUGAGGAAGGGGACCAAGUGCCUGGGCUGGAGCCCGGGGACAUCAUCAUUGUGCUGGACCAGAAAGAGCACCCUGUGUUCCGGCGCAGUGGCAAUGACCUCAUCUUCCGCAAGGAGAUCAGCCUGGCCGAUGCGCUCUGCGGCUGCCGGCAGCUCAUUCGCACUUUGGACAACCGUACCCUGCUCAUCUCCUCCCAGCCAGGUGAUGUCAUCCGACCUGGAGACCUAAAGUGCAUCCCCAACGAGGGCAUGCCUGUGUACCGCAGCCCCUACCAGCGCGGCAAGCUCAUCAUCCAGUUCCAGGUGAAGUUCCCAGAACCCGGCUGGCUGCCAGCCGACCAGCUGCGCCAGCUGCAGGCCUUCUUCCCAGCCCAGGAGGAGGUGAUGGCGACGGAGGACACGGAGGAGGUGGAGCUGAGUGAAUAUGUGCCACAAGCUGAGCGCGGGCGGCGCUCCCACGCUGGCGAGGCCUACUAUGAGGACAACUACGAUGGCAUGCGGCAGCAUGUCCAGUGCCAGACCUCGUAGCCCACCCUGGGGCCGGGGACCUGCCCCUACCCCAUGGACGGGGAGGGGAAGGACAGGCGAGGGGCUGAGCCACGCCUAUCAGGGAUGUAAAUAGCAAAAUCCUCCCCCCUUUCAAGCUCGCGGGGUUUGCGGGGCCUGGCCAGGCUCAGACACUCCCUGGGGAUGCCCUUCCACUCCCAUGGUGGGAGGAGUCUUGGCAUUGCUUGCUGUGGGGCCAGUGCCCCCCAUCCUGGCAGGAUGUGCUCUGGGAAGAUCUGGUGGGGGUGAAGAUGUAAGAUCCAGGGAGAUGGAGCUAGAAAUAGGAGCUUGGAUCCAGAGCCAUCUGGCAGGGGUUGGAGUUUGGAUCCAGGGAGCUCUGGCAGGGGGUAGAAGCUUGGAAUCCAGGGAGCUCUGGCAUGGGUAAGAGCUUGGGAUCUAGGGAGAUCUGGCAGGGAUAGGAGCUUGGAUCCAGGGAGACCUGGCAAGGAGAGGAGCUUGGGAAACCUCUUGGUGCUCCUUUUCUGGGAGCCGCAGAGGAGGAGCUCCAGGGCCCAGGGCAUCGGGAUUGCUGUAAAUGGGGCCCCCGAGCCCUGGUAAUGGUGACUCGCUCCCUGCUCAGGCCCCUGUGCAACACCCUGUCAGUGCCUUCUCUUGCCUGGGAUCAGGUCCUCCCAGGAAGCAAAGCCUCAGACCUAGCAGGGAUCAGCCCUGAUCCUGCACCUGGAGCCACCCUACUGCUUCGUGGGUCUCUGGUGGGAGGAAGCUCCCAGGCCUGGAUAAUCCAUUGCACUGCCCUGAGGACCUGUGGCAAGGGCAUGGGGGGCCAGCCGGUGAGGGCUCAGCCCCCAUCUGGGAGAGCCCCAAGGCCCCCAGUGCUGGUCCUGAAUUGUGUGCAGCUUCUGCUGGUGGCUGGGCUCCUAUCUCCAUACAGCUCUGAGCGCAUUCACCUGCUUCCCGCCAGCUCUGCUUGCAGCAGAGCCCUUUGGAGUCCUCCCCCGAACCCACACCCGGAGGCUGAGAGAAGAGUUAAGCAUCCAGCUUGGUUCUGAGAGGGCAGCGGAACGCAGCACGGUAUGGCCCAGUGAUUAGA